UAAUUUUUGUCAUUUCCCUGAACUCCACAAAGCUUUGGUCUGCUCUCAACGUAUCUGUCUCCCUCCAUUACUGGAACGUCCCCAGGAGGUCCUUAUUCCCUAAAGUACCACUGAUUCCACUAAAGUCACCAACUGAGUCUGAGCUGAGAAUAAAGGAAAUCAUUGAGAAACUAGACCAGCGGAUCCCGCCCAGACCUUUCACCCACGUGAAAACCACCACCAGUGCUGCACACAGCACAGUCUCCAUCCUCAACCCCCGAGAAACAUACUGCAGGGGGGACCAGCUGGACAUCCUGCUGGAAGUGAGGGACCACCUGGGACGCAAGAAGCAAUAUGGUGGAGAUUUCCUGAGGGCCAGGAUGUCCUCUCCAGCCCUAAAGGCUGGCGCUUCAGGAAAGGUGACUGACUUCAAUAAUGGCUCCUACCUUGUCAGUUUCACUCUGUUCUGGGAGGGCCAGGUCUCCCUGUCUCUGCUACUCAUCCACCCCAGUGAAGGGGCGUCAGCUCUCUGGAGGGCGAGGAACCAAGGCUAUGAUAAAAUUAUUUUCAAAGGUAAAUUUGUGAAUGGCACCUCCCAUGUCUUCACCGAAUGUAGCCUAACUUCACACUCAAGCACUGAACUGUGUGACUAUCUGAAUGACAGAGACCAAGGAGCCUUCUACUGUGUGAAACCUCAACACAUGCCCUGUGAGGCCCUGACCCACAUGACCACCAGGAAUCGAGACAUUUCUUACCUUACUGUCAAGGAAAAAAGCCUUUUCAACAGGUCCAAUGUGGGAGUUGAAAUGAUGAAAGACCUUAAACACAUUGAUGUCUCCCGAUGUAACAAGAGUGAAAAGAUAAAAGGAAAAUGCCAAAUUGGAAUGAAGCCUCCUGUUCCCGGUGGUUAUACUUUACAAGGAAGGUGGAUGACAACAUUUUGCAACCAGAUUCAGUUAGAUACAAUUACGAUAAGCGGCUGUUUGAAAGGCAAACUCAUUUACCUCCUGGGAGACUCUACACUGCGACAGUGGAUCUACUACUUACCCAAAGUUGUAAAAACACUAAAGUUUUUUGAUCUUCAUGAAACUGGAACUUUUAAAAAACAUUUGCUUCUGGAUGCAGAAAGACACACUCAGAUUCAAUGGAAAAAACAUAGCUAUCCUUUCAUCACCAUUCAGCUCUACUCCCUGAUAGAUGAUAAUUAUAUUGCUCGUGAAAUUGAUCGGCUACCAGGUGACAGAAAUACAGCCAUCGUCAUCACCUUUGGCCAGCACUUCAGACCCUUCCCCAUGGACAUUUUCAUUCGCAGGGCCAUUGGUGUCAGAAAGGCUAUUGAACGACUGUUCCUAAGAAGCCCGGGCACUAAAGUGAUCAUUAAGACAGAAAACACCAGGGAGAUGCAUGCAGAGCCCGAGAGGUUUGGAGACUUCCAUGGUUACAUUCAAUAUCUUACCCUGAAGGACAUUUUCAAAGAUCUCAAUGUAGGUAUCAUUGAUGCCUGGGACAUGACCAUUGCAUAUGAUGCCAAUGCUAUCCACCCACCUGAUCAAGUGGUUGGAAAUCAGAUUAAUAUGUUCUUAAACUACAUUUGCUAA